AUGGCAAAUUGGAGACUAGUUGAUUACAGUUUUUCAGAAAAACAAAUUUCUCAUAAUAAUUGGGAAAUGAAAAAGUGUUGUUCUAGUAGCUCUUCAAAUAUAAUUUUUGACAAAAAUAGUUGCUCUUCAAAUUAAUUAGAAUAUGUGAGAUUGUCAAAGUUUAAAAGAUAUUUGUAGAAAUCUUUUGCAUAUAAAAGCUUUUAAGUAUAAAUAAUUUUUGAUGCUUUCUUUGAUGGUGCAAUAAGUGAAAAUUCUGAGAUUGCAGUUAUGUAUGAUAGUAACAGAAGUUCAGACAAUGAUAGGCAACUAUUUCUUUUAGAUUAUGAUGAAAAUGACUUAUACUAAGAUAGUCGUCUAAUUUGUCAUAAUAGCCUAGGAAGAUUUAAAUUAGAAACUAUUGUAAGUAAUUAAGUCGAUUCAUACUCGAAUAACUUUUCAAUAAAAAUUUGUUUUGAUCCAUAUGAUCAUAGAUGUGAUGAUGAUUGUGAUAGGGAUCAUCAUUAUAGUGAUAGUUAUUGUGAUAAUGAUUAUAUAUAAAUUGGAAUUAGAAAUAUGUUAGUUUAUGUUAAUACUUGUCANCAAUCCUUGAUCUAGGAUUUUUUGGAUAACUUAAUAUUGCUUAGUUCUAAGGUGGGUUACAGGGAGUAAACAAGUGUAAGCAAAAAGUUGCAACUCUAUCCAAACUCUUAAAUUUUGAGCCAAAUUACACCAAAUUCACUUAAGUAUUUCAAUUUAGAUCUAUAUGGUAAUGGUUUUAUAAAUUAUUGUGAAUAAGAGUAUAAAGAAAUUAAUUAUGUUUUUUGA